GGCGAGGCAGGCAGGGCGCGCCCGAGGCGGAGCCGGUCCCUCCCCAGGCGGCCCGGGAGGAAGCUCAUAAAUAGAGCGCGGCCGGGCGGAGGAGGGCGCCUGUCGGAGCCUAGUGUAAUAGAUAGAGGGGGACGCCGCCCGCUUGCGCGCCCGCCUGCCCGGGACUCGCCGGUUCGAGACCCGCCAGCUGCCCUCCUGGUAUGGCUUCGCUGCUGGGUUCAUACGCCUGGUCCGAAAGGCUGGAGUGCUCCGCGCUGGAGCUGCCCGACGGGGGCGCAGCGUCCGCCGGCGCCGGGAGGGAGCCGGCCCGAGAAGGGGCCCCCGAAAGCCGCAUCCGACGCCCCAUGAACGCCUUCAUGGUGUGGGCCAAAGACGAGAGGAAGCGCUUGGCUGUCCAGAACCCGGAUCUGCACAACGCCGAGCUGAGCAAGAUGUUGGGCAAAUCCUGGAAGGCUUUAACCCUGUCCCAGAAGCGUCCGUACGUGGAAGAGGCCGAGAGGCUUCGGGUGCAGCACAUGCAAGACUACCCCAACUACAAGUACCGGCCGCGGAGGAAGAAGCAGAUCAAGCGGAUCUGCAAGCGAGUGGAUCCGGGUUUCCUGCUGGGGCACCUCUCCAGGGACCAGGACUCUGUGCCGGAGAAACGAAGGUGCGGCAGGGCGGCAGGAGAAAAAGACGGGCAGGGUGACUAUUCUCCCGGUCCGGUGCUGCCCAGUCUCGGGAGAUACCGGGAGGUCCAGAGCACCGGCGCUGGUACCCCCAUGGACACCUACCCCUACGGCCUGCCCACCCCUCCAGAGAUGUCCCCCUUGGAUGCUAUAGACCCUGAGCAGAGCUUCUUCUCCUCCCCCUGCUCCGAAGACCCUUGCCACUCCAACCUGCCCGGGGCCCCCUACUCUCUGGAGUACGCCAGCGGCUCCCUGCAGUGCGGCCGCCCUCUGGGCCACAUGCCCAUCUCUCAAGCCGCCCACCCUGCUUCUUCCGUUUGCUCGGCUCCCCCCUCGUGCAACUACUACCCUCCUCCGUCUUUCCACCCGGCCAUGCAGCCCCACGGCCUCCACCCCCACCUGGGCCAGCUGUCGCCUCCUCCUGAGCACCAGAACUUUGACAGCCUCGAGCAGCUGAGCCAAGCCGAGUUGUUGGAGGAGAUGGACCGCAAUGAGUUUGACCAGUACCUGAACGCCCCCGGACACCCAGAGCCCGGCGGGCUGGUCGUCAACGGGCACGUCCAGGUGUCUCAGGUGCCGGGCGGCUCCCAUUCCUCCGAGACCAGCCUCAUUUCCGUCCUUGCCGAUGCCACGGCCACUUACUACAACAGCUACAGCGUUUCUUAGGCCUGCGGGGAGAUAUUGGCUCCGCAGGCUGACCGAGGACAGGCUUUGGGGUGUUUUGCCGGACGAUAAAAAAACCUGUGGGCCACCUUUGGCCUCUCUCUGCCCUUUCUCCUCAGGGUUUCUCU